AUGGUGUUCCUCGGCAUAUAUCGCGCCAUCUACGACUACGAGCCCCAGAGCGACAAUGAGAUCGCCCUGAACGAAGGCGACAUCUUGAUGGUGCUGGAGAAGUCGACCAUCGACGCCUGGUGGAAAGCAAAGAAGAAGGGGCGCGAUGGCGACGAGGAAGAGCCCGAGGGCUUGAUCCCGAACAAUUACAUUGAAGAGGCCGCCCCAGUCGCACAAGCCAAAGCCCUCUUCGAUUACGACCGCCAGACGGACGAGGAGCUCUCGUUCAAAGAGGACGCCGUCCUAGACGUUUACGAUACCACCGACCCGGACUGGACACUGGUGGGAGUCGCAGACGACUAUGGCUUUGCGCCCGCGAACUACAUCGAGCUCACUGAAGAGGGAGCAGCAGGAGGAGCACCAGCUGCGCCGUCUCCCGCGCUGCCUAGUCGCCCGCCCAUGCCACCAGCGACCGACUCUUUCGAUGACGAUCAGCCGCCUACUCCAGACACUCCUCCACAACCGAGUCCCGCUGCGGCUCUGGCUGGCAUCAUACAGAAGAAGUCGCAAGAGGCAGCACCGCGAUCGACUAUUUCUCCUCCGCCCAACGUAAGCGCGCCUCCGCGACAGCAACGACGCGUGCAAUUUACCCCGGAAGAGUCGGACGAAGAAGUGCCAGCACCCCGUCUUCCCCAGCGACCCGAGUCCGAGGUCUACUCACCGCCGCCUACCCAAUACGCACACGCGCGAUCCCCAUCGCCCCCAGUCAGAUCGCCACCGCCCCGAAGCGUCACGUUCGACCAAUAUGAUCCUCCGAGCAGGGACGAGCAGCCCGCGACGCCCAUGUCGGGGUCGGGAUACCAUCUGUACAACAUCUACGAGUACAUUACACAGCCGGGCAAGAAUAAGAAAAUGCCAAUCACCCUGGGUGUCAACAUCCCGAAAGGAAUGAUCAUGAUUGCACCCGAGAAGUCGCGCGACGGGCCGCAACAGGAAUGGAGCGCGGACAAGAUGGAAUACUACUCGCAAGAAGGCAAACACAUCUUCAUGGAGCUUAAGCAGCCAAGCAAGAGUGUCGACUUCCACUGUGGUGCUAAAGACACUGCAUCGGAGAUCAUGCUCGCGCUUGGUGAGCUUGCAGGAGCGGCCAAGAGCGCAGGACUCCGCGAAGUACUCGCUGCUGGCUCCGGAAACUCUAAUGUGCAGAAGAAGGGAGUUAUGCUUUUUGACUUCAUGGCACAGGGUGAUGACGAAGUUACCGUUGGUCUCGGCGACGAGAUCUUAGUCCUCGACGAUUCCGCAAGUGACGAGUGGUGGAAAGUCAGGCGGCUGAAGAAUGGCAAAGAGGGUGUGGUACCAGCUAAUUACGUUGAGGUCACAGAAACCGUCCCCAUACACGCUCCCGCAGCUGCCAUCGCUCGAUCGGGAACCAACGCUGGCCGGUCCGUCGUCGAACAGAAUAGGCGGGAGGAGGAAGAGCUUGCUCGUCAGGCUGCGAGACGGAAGAAGCCAGAAAGUGAGGCAAGGAACGAUCAGAGAUCAAGCAAGCGCGAAAGCUCCGCAAAGGACUCGAGUUCAAAGUCCGGCUCCAAACCAAAUUCCGCCAAGGUACGCACUUGGACCGACCGAUCCGGAUCGUUCAAGGUCGAGGCAGAGUUCAUUCUUAUCAAGGAUGGCAAGAUCCACCUACACAAAGUCAAUGGCGUCAAGAUCGCUGUACCUGUCACAAAGAUGUCAGUAGAAGACCUCGAGUACGUCGAACGCGUCACAGGCGAGUCUCUAGAUGACGACAAACCCCUAUCGGAUUUGAAGAGGAGGAGCAUGCAACAGCCUCGCGGGAAGGACUCAGGUCCAACCGGUAUUUCCGUCGAGAAGAAGCCGGAAUACGACUGGUUCGACUUCUUCCUCAAGUGUGGUGUCAACCCACAGAUCUGCGAACGAUACGCCAGGGCAUUUACCAAGGAUGAAAUGACGGAAGAAAAUAUCCCAGACAUCACUCCUGGGCUGCUACGUACGUUGGGUCUCAAGGAAGGUGACAUUCUCCGUGUGACCAAGCACUUGGACGCGCAGUUCGGAAGAGAUAAGCGAAGUGUUAGCUUUGCUGAAGAGGGAGGAGAGGGAGCUUCUGGUGGGCUGUUCUCAGGUCCAGGAGGUGCACUGAGGAACAACACCCGAAAGGGACGUCCUGCACCACCAGUUGAGACGAACGAUGUCGUUGAUCCAAAGGCGUUUGAACCGAAGUCCGAUGACACCGUUAAGAAGCCCGCAGACGGGACGUCAGCAGCGACAUCUGACAAGACAGCGAAUGGGUUUGACGACAAUGCGUGGGAUGUCAAGCCAUCCAAGUCAACAUCUGACAAGCCAGCAUCUCCACCUGCUGCACAAGCCCCUGCCGCAAAACCACCCCAGCUGACUGGAUCCAUGAACGAUUUGUCUCUUCUAGACAUGCCUGCACUCAAGCCUGACGAGAUCGCGCAGCCAACGCCUCCUGCUCCAGCACCUCAGCCAGCACAAGCACCUGCUCAACAGCCUCCAGCACCCGCUCAGCAACCGCAGCCAACAGGCGCUACUCCUACCCUUUUCGAGCAGGUUGCAGCUAUCAAGGCCCUUACCCAACCUCACAACAUGGCUCCACCGCGCAUGCGCCCACAAGCUCCCCAGCAGCAGGGUCCAGGAGGUCUCAUUGCUCCACCACCGCAGCGUUCUUCCUCUGCCCCUAUGAACCCACAACAAAGUGCCUUCGGUCCCCCACCACCCCUACAACCUCAGCUCACAGGUUACAACCCCAACCUCAUGGGUCAAAACUCUGGACAAGGCCAAGGCAUGCAGGGUAUGCCACCAAUGCAACAGCAAAUGACAGGCUUCCCACAGCAAAAUGGCGGUUUCGGAUUCCAGCAGAACGGCAUGAUGCCUCAACCUACAGGCUACAACCCCAUGUCUCCACCCCAGCAGCAGCCAAUGCAGACUGGCUUCGCUCAAUACCAACAACAGCAGCCAACUGGCUUCCAGCAGCCCAUGCAGACAGGUUUCCAGCAGCAGCAGCCACACUUCACACAAGGCUUCGGGAAUGGUAGCCCUUUUGCCGACCCACCACGGGCACCUUUCCAACCACUACAGGCUCAGCCUACAGGGUACAAUUCGUUCCAACCAUCGCCGCUUAACCCCCAGGCGACUGGCGUCAACCGCUUUCUACCCCCGGCCCUUGCGCCACAGCCGACUGGCUACAUGUCGAACCAAAGCCCGCCGCCUGUCCCUCCCAUGCCGCCAAUGCCCCAGGCGCAGCCUUUGGUGCCCCAGAAGACUGGCCCACCACCGACCAUCAAGUUUGGUGUACAGCCCGCAAAGAAGCUAACGCCCCAGCCGACGGGGAGGGCGAACCUUGCCAAUGCCAGACGAAUCACCCCUGUUCUCGAGCUGUCGUUCACCCUUGGCGCGAGGCAGAUGCGAGACCAAGCCUUUGCCAAGUAA